AUGGCCAAAGGCGGGGGGCGCAGUACCUCGCUUCGAGAAAAGCUAAGUGACUUCUCACAAUUCAUUUAUACCCCCUUACUUACUCCCUUAAAAAACAUGGAUACUUUUUUGGACGUGGUCAGACCACUUUACGUCCUUAGUUCUAUUUUUUGCAUCCGCAAGUACUCAGUUCGUGAUGGAAUUGCUUCAACCAUUAGCCUUAAAGAAAUGCUUUUUACAAUAAGCGCGAAUUGCAUUUUGAUUUAUUUGUACUAUUAUACUAUCCAAAGCACAGAAUUAGAGGAGAUUUCCCUCAAACUGUAUUACCUUGUUAUAUAUGGUCAACAUGUGUUUUCUUUCGUCAUAAUAAGUUGUCAUAACAUGAGAUUGAGUAAGGUAUUUGUGGCAUUAAUCAAAAUACUCCAGGAGCUUUACAAUUUUGAAAGAAGUCAGCUGUCGUCUAAAGCGGUAAAAAGAAAGUUGAAGAUUGCCUGUGGACUUCUGAUAUAUUUAUAUAUUGGGGUCACCAUUCCAAAAUUCGUAUUAGAUCCAUACUGGAAUUGGAUCCGAUGCUUGUUUCUAGGUCUCAGCCUCAUCGUGGACUUUGAAAUGUUUUUCAUAAUCUUUGUUAUCAGAUUUUUGGCUUUAAAAUUCAAAACGUGGUCUAGAGUUAUGAGUAAAUAUUCCUCUGAACAAGAAAAUUACAAUAGGCAAACUAACUUUAUAGACCUAGACAGUACAAUACAAGAAAUAAGAAAUAUAAGAAGUUCAAGAAAGAAACAUGAAACUGAGAAUUUAACUGAAGGUGGACAAGAUAGAGCCAUAGUUUACGAAGAGUUUGAUGGCGACAACAGAGAUGAAGCCAAGAAACUGUUUGAAGUUUAUGGCCAAUUAGUAAAUAGUACUAAUUUGAUGAAAUCUGCGUUUCAAUUCAUCGUACGUGAUCUGCUUGCUACUUUUAGCAGUGUGUUUGUUUUUUAUAUGUUUGAAUUUUAAAUACAUUUUUUUUUUCAGAUAUUCUUUCACGCAUUCACACUUUUCACACAAUCAUUAGUGUACAUCGCAGUGCUCAUUUUGUGGGCCAAACUUACUGAAGUGAGUACCAUUCAUUAUAA